GUGCUGUCUCCACCGAGACUUGUUGUGCCGCACGGCGUGCUGUCCGUGUGCCGUCUCUGUGCUAUCAAGCGGGGACAUCUGGCGGGCGUAUUUUGCAGAGCAUGCUCUUGACGUGCCGCACGUCGUGCUGUCACUGUGCCGUCCAGUUGCUGUCUCGACCUAGGGCGUCUGUACGCGACGGCACAGAGACUGCACAGCGACAGCACGCGUGCCGCGUGCUCAGAAUGUUGCAUUAUUAAUAAUUAUGGACUUUAAUUAGUAAAGAGCAUACAUUUAUUACUUUUUUUAUUCUCUCCAAACCGAAUUACAUUUAAACAUUAUUUUAUUACAUAAUUCUAAUUAUUAGCGAUGAUUAUUAGGUGCAAUUGUGCAUCAAAUUGUAAGAAGAGUUGUGGCUCAGAGGCUAGAGCUUCGGACUUCUGAUCCAAAGAUCGUGAGUUCCAGCCCUACACCCGGCAGAUUUUUUUUUCUUACAUAAAAUUUUUUUUAUACUAUAUAACAAAAUUUAUUAAUUAUUUAUGAUGUAGAUGCUUAGUUAUGCGUUCUAACUAAUUUUUAUUUAGCGUUAUUUUUAUAUGCGAUAAAAUCGCUCCCCGCCGGUAGCGUUUUCUGCUGGCACAGAGACGGCACAGAGACGGCACGUCGUGCUGUCUCGCCGUGCCGUCACGUGCCGUCUCUGUGCUGCGGCAGCUGGACGUCGCGUGCUGUCGUGGAUGCCGCCAUCUCGUGCCGUCACGGGGACGUCUCUGUGCCGACACGUUGUUAUCUGGGAUCAGUCCAUCAUCGCAAAAUACAUAAGUAAGCGCUGCCUGAAAUUACAUACUCCCGGGCGAAGGAAGCGCGCCGCCGCGCGCAUUGCAUGCCGGGACAACCUAGCCGCCUCACAUAUAUACAUCGGCUAUAGCUAUAUAUAUAUAUAUAUAUAUAUACAUACACACCAGCACAGCGAGUCGUGCACACACGGAGCCGGCGCCAUCUUGGAUGGCAUGGCCUCCUCGCUGCUGUGCUGCUAGUGAGCUCCUCGAGUCUCGACGCGUACUUAUUAUACAGACGACCGCUCCCGGACUCAUCGCCCGGACGACGAGGACAAGGAGUUCGUCAUGCUGAACUCGAGCCCCGGCUCCGAGUGAGUGUAUCCUCGCAACAGUAGUGCGUGUCUGUGUGCUAGCUCCAUCGUCGCCGCCGCCACCGCCGCUGCUGCUCUGCUCCUCCCGCAACGUCGUCCACGUAACGGCAAGGGAGAGGGAGAGAGAGAGAGAGAGAGAGAGAGAGAGAGAGAGAGAGAGAGAGAGAGAAGGAGAGCAGGUGCGCGUCGUCGUCGGCGACGCCUGAAUCUUCCUCGUCGUCAGGAUCAGCGUCGCCCGAUGCGCACCACCAGCCAUGGACGCCGUCAAAGCUUUCAAUGCCGAGCUCUCGGGCCUCUACGAGGUCAAGCCACCCAUCUCCAAGGCCAAGAUGAACUCCCUCACAAGAGGAGCCAUCAAAGCCAUCAAGUUCUACAAACACGUUGUGCAGAGCGUCGAAAAGUUCAUCCAAAAAUGCAAGCCAGAGUACAAAGUUCCAGGGUUAUACGUCAUAGACUCUAUUGUAAGACAGUCAAGGCACCAGUUUGGCACAGAAAAGGAUGUAUUCGCACCCAGAUUUGCCAAGAAUAUGCAGACUACGUUCUUGAAUCUACUAAAAUGCCCACCCGAAGAUAAGAGCAAAGUCAUCAGAGUGCUGAAUCUCUGGCAGAAGAACGCCGUCUUUCCGCCCGAGGUUAUUCAGCCGCUUUUCGAUCUAGUUGAUCCUAAUCAUCCUAUUCACAAGGAACAGUCAAAUGGAGUUUUAAAUGCAUCUUCAGGUAAUAAUAUGAGUAAUAUUAGCGCUGUAUCCAAGACCUCGCCAUCUACUGCCAAAAAUACGCCAAAGGACCAAAAACUCUUCACAACAGCAAAACCCAUUGAUCCAGCAUGGCUAGCCCAGACAAAGAUGGAGACAGCAAACAUAGUCAAUGCGAACAAGUUGCUGGGGCAGGUCGGUUCGAAUCAAAUGGACGUUUCAUUCCUUGAUCAAUUGCAGCAUUUGCAGCAGCUGCUGCUGAAAAAGCAGGAGGCGGCGAACGAGACCACUCAAAGCUCGGUCAAGUUUGACAAAAAACUUCUAGACUUUGACUACGGUGAGGAAGAGGACGACGAUGUCCAGGUCGCGACAUCGCCGAAGCUGAGCCAAGUAGUCAUGAGUCAGCACAACGCCAUUACAACAGCCACCAAUAACCUCGAGAGCCUCGGCAUCUUGCUUGCAAAUCCAGAGGUUUUAAGACAACUGCAAACACUACAAACCCUGCAGAAUAGCACAAAUACCAUACAACAUGAGAUGGAGGAAAAAAUGCGCAAAUUGCAACAAAUGAAGCAACAGGAAGAAGAGUUUGACAAACAUCUGGCUCAAACCGUACCUAAUUUACCGUUUGCCUCGGAGUGCGAGCUAAAACCGACAGACAUCAUGAAGACUGCUCCGCCGCCACCACCACCGCCUCCACCAGUCCCAUACGGUCCGAUGAUGAUGAAUCCAGCCAUGAUCAUGGGACAAGAUAUGAGUCAGCCACCGCCAGGCUAUCAUCCACCGGCGAUGCCCUUUGUCUCACAACCGCCCCCACUCAUCAGACCGCCAAUGAUGCCGGCUAUGCAAAACAUAGUCCAGCCAAGUCCACGAAUAGAAGAAAAGCGAGAAAGUAGCGUCGAAAUAGUCAACUGCGAAUCAGUGCGAUCAUCGAGUAGAUCGCCCGAUCGCUUCAGGCGACAUAGCAGGUCUAGAUCACCUCGACACCGAGACAGGGAAAGAGGAAGGGAGAGGGAACGCGCGGAUAGGAAGUCACGAUCGAGAUCAAGAUCUAGAUCCAGAUCAAGACGCCGCAGGUCACGUUCAAGAGAAAGGAAUGACAGGAAACGCGAAGACAGUCGAGAUAGGUUGUCAGAAGAGGACAGAGAGAAGGAAAGAGAGCGUCGCAAACGAGGUCUUCCUCCAUUAGUUAGAGAAAAACUCAGUGUAUGCAGUACCACAUUGUGGGUAGGUCACUUGUCGAAACUGGUUCACCAAGAAGAACUUUCCGAUACUUUCGGAGAACUCGGCGACAUCGUCAGUAUCGAUUUAAUUUCACCCAGAGGCUGCGCCUUUAUUUGCAUGAACAGACGUCAAGAUGCUUACAGAGCAUUGACAAAAUUAAAGAACCACAAAAUGCAAGGAAAAGCAAUAACGUUGGCAUGGGCACCGGGCAAAGGUGUCAAAGGCAAGGAAUGGAAAGACUAUUGGGAAGUAGAACUUGGAGUAAGUUAUAUUCCUUGGAGUAAAUUAAACAAUAUCUCGGAUCAUGAACUCGAACUUCUCGAAGAAGGAGGAAUGAUCGACGAGGAUUCUAUGCCUCCUAGACUAAAAGGAAGGAGAAAGCGCACUCCGGAUUCGGAAUCGACACAAUCGACUUCUAAUGCAGGUUCAGCCGUACCAACGGUAAGCGAUGGUGUGAUUCAGCAGCCACCAACAAGCAAUGCCAGUGCCAGUAGUGCACCAAUGGUGGAUACGAGUCAACCACCGCCUAUCAGACCGCCAACGCAGACGCCUUUGCUACCCCCACCAAAUCAACAGCUUAUGAUGCCACCGGGCUUUAGCAUGCCUCCGGGUAUGCUGAGCGCAAUGGGUCUACAGAUGCCGCCGGGGCUGAUGCCAAAUGUGCCUAUCGGCGUGCCGCCACCCAAUAUGCAGGGCCUGAUCGGCCCGCCCGGUAUGAUGCAACAGAUGAUGCAGUCGCAGGUUAAUUCGCCAUUCGGUGCCGGUGUCGGUGUAGGCUUACUCACGCAGAUACCUAUGCCCGCACCUGCGGCUCCAUCUGACAAACCUAAUUCUACCGGAAUGCCACACAACGUUCCACCACUAGGUGUUCCACCACCAACUUCGGAACCAGGCAUGCCAAAUCUGCCGAUGAUGCGCCAGCCGUACGGUAUGAAUAUGAUGCAGCAAAUGCCUCCUCAGCCACCUUCCCGCCAACAGCACCAGCAACAGCAGCCCCCACUUCCUCAUCAACAACAUCCCGACGACAUGGACGUAGAUAUGGAAGACGCGAUGCCACCACCCAUUAUUCAACACGGCAAAGACGGUGGCUAUAAUAACAACAAUAAACCUCCGAGUCUAAGUGAUCAGCUGUUGGCUGCCAUGAAGGGCAACGACCGGGUGGACUCAGACAGAGACUAUGGACGAGACCGAGAUAGAGAUCGCGACAGGAGAGACAGGGAUAGAGGCGGUCCUGGACUAGGCGAGAGAGACAGGAAUGACAGGGAUAACGACAGGAGUAGAGACCGAGGAAGAGGAAGAGAUAGAGGUGGACGGGAUAGAGGCAGGCGAGACAGCCGGGACAACAGAGAUAGAGAUGACAGGAGAGGUGAACGAGACCGUGAUGGUCGCGAUAUGAGGCAUUCUCCGAUGCGCCAACAGGACAUGAUGGAUAAAGAAGUGAAAAAAGAUACGGGACCCAAGUCCUCGCUAGCAGAUCGUUUGCGUCAACUCGCAGAUGGUACUCUGCCACUGAUGGACGAACGUAUCGACAGAGAUAUGCGUGGUAGUCGAAACGACCGCGAGCGCUCAUAUGACGAUCCACAGAGACGACCUCCGGCAAUAGACGGACCGCCAACGCCUCAACAACAACCAACGACAUCGCAAUCGCAGUCUGGACAAGGAGGACCACCUAGUUUACUGCAACAGGUCACAGGCGUUAGAAGAGAUGGGCCUCCUUCGCUCAUGGAUAUACCAGCAAAGUUCCCCGGCGCGCCGGACAGGCCUGAAUUUGGAGGAAUGUCUCGAGACUUUGGUCCCAGAUCCGCGGAACGUGAUUUGCUGCGAGAAUUUGCACGCAGCGGUCCUGCAGAAGCGUGUGCUUUGCUCGCAGGUUUAGAGCGCGAUGCCCGCGGUAACUUUGUGCCUCGUGGACCGCGAGGACCGCUCGAUGACUUCCCGGAUGCGCCACGUAGCUUGCUGGACCGUAGGUUCGGCCCGCCAGACAGUCUGGAAUUCGAGGCACGUGCAGCACUUGCUGCUGCUGGCCGACCCGUCGACCCCGUGGACUUUGACAUGCGUCUGGGCGGACCGCCACCGCCACCGCCAUCAUCCCGCGACUCUGACUACGGCGGAGAUAGAGCCGGCACCCGAGGCAUGGUUGACGAUUUUGAUCGCAAGCGCUUUGACUUUGACAUGCGAAGGGGCAAUCCUGCAGAUUUUGACAUGGCGCGAGGCAUUCCUGAUGAUUUCGACAUGCGAGGAAUGCCAGACGACUUCGAUCGCAGAAGAGAAUUCUUCUUAGAGGCCAAGUACGGACAUCCAGGCAUGAUGGGACCCAGAGGACCCAGAGGACCACAUCCGUCUAUGAUGGGAGGACCCGAUGCAUUUAGAGGUCGAGGCCCCGGUCCAAGCAUGUAUCACCAACGAGGCAUGGGUCCACGCGGUAUGCGUGCAGGCAUGAGACCUCCACCCUUCGGGCCAGGUGGUGGACCCCUGAGUUCGCGCGGCGGCCCACCGUUUGAUCCACGGGACGGCCCACCGUUUGAUCCAAGGGACGGCCCACCAUUUGAUCCGCGAGAUGGACCGGACUUUUUCCGUGGUGGUCCAGGCUUUGAUGAGGCACGUGGAAGUAGACCUUUCGGGCCGGGCGGACUCCCGCCACCGUUACUUGGCGGCUUGGGCAGUGAUGGCAGCCCAGCUGGACCAUGGAGGAACGAUAAUGGACCUCCGCCACUUUUACCACCUGGACGGCUGGAAGGCCCUGGAGCUCCGGGUGGACCGGGUAUACCUGGUGGACCUGAGUCAGAGGAAGCUGCUAGAGAUCCUACUGUUCCUGGAAAAGAUGGAGGACGAGAUAAUGGCAAAGAGGGAAAACCCAGCAAGCGAGGCAGCAGCUCAGAAAGGGAAAGAAGGAGGGAGAACAGAAAGUCUAGGUGGGGCAAUGCCAGUCCCUCGUCUGAAGUACCGGAAAUCCAAUCCGAUUCUUCGUCAAAUGUCAUCCCUAGUGACUUUGACUCUCACAAUAAUGGAGAACCUCGUGAGCCCACUGAUGCACAGCCGCCACAACCUCCGCAAGAGGAGCGUCAAGAACAGCCUCCUCCACCACUCGACAAUUGGGCGGAACCUCAAGCACCUAUUCAAGAGGUCAACAUGGAAUCCGUUGAUCAACACACAGACUCACAGCCACAGGGAGGCUUUGAGCCUCGCGGAGAACCCGACUUCAAGGACUACAAUGCUCCGCAAGAUCGUUCUGAACCCGAAGAGCCACGACAGUUUGAGCCUCCUGCUCAGGAACGACACGAGCCUCCACCAGCGGAGCGAUAUGAACCGUCUCCUCAGGAGAGUUUUGAGCCACCGCCUCAAGAGCGGUUUGAGCCGCCUCCUCAGGAGAGUUUUGAGCCUCCGCCUCAAGAACGCUUCGAAGAACCUCCUCAGGAGCAUUUUGAGCCUCCUCCUCAGGAACGUUUUGAAGAACGUUUCGAAGAACCUCCUCGAGAGCGUUUUGAGCCUCCGCCUCAGGAACGCUUCGAAGAACCUCCUCAGGAGCGCUUUGAACCUCCACCACAGGAGCGCUUCGAACCUCCACCCCAAGAACGCUUCGAUCCUCCGCCUCAGGAGCGAUUCGAGCCUCCACCUCAGGAGCAGCAAAACUUCGAACCUCCAGCUGAGGAGCGAUUCGAGCCACCUCCUCAGGAACGUUUUGAACCUCCUCCCCAGGAGCGGUUCGAACCUCCUCAGGAGCGCUUUGAUCCUCCUCCUCCGGAGCGCUUUGAUCCUCCUCCUCCGGAGCGCUUCGAUCCUCCUCUUCAGGAACAACACUACGAGCCUCCCACGGACAACCACUAUGAGCCUCCUGCUCACUCCCCGGAAAAAUUCGAGCAUGAACCACCAACCUGCGAGAAGUCCGCUGAGUCAGAAGCUCCACCGCAACAGCAGGACGACUCUGCCGAAUCGUAAUAAAGGAUGAUGAACUAGUGCCGAUGACGGUUUGUUAUAUGCUCUAUGAAUCGACGGCGGGUCUCGAUCCCGUCGCCGCGCGACAACUCUGUGAAAAGAAUGAUACAAACAAGUAUGCGACGAGAUAAAAACAUUGUAUUAUAAGGGAGAGAAUAAGCGUUUGGAGACCCUUGAAGCGCGUGUACAUAAAGAGACAUGUCGAUAUGUCAUUUCUCAAAGGGCGACCACUCGCUGGUUUAUUGUGCGUAUAUUAUUAACUAUUAACGAAAGUCAAUCGAUGCUCUUAUUCUUUUUUGCGCGCGAUAGAGUGAGAGAAUGAGAGUAUCAGAGAGUGAUAAGAGAGAGAAAUAAGCGAGACUCGGAGUGGUGAGAGAGAACUCGGGUUCUCCUUCCUCGUUCCUUGUGGUUCUAAUUUUACUUUGUAUUUGAUGCCGAGUCGCGGAAAGAUGUCGCGUAUACUCUAUCGAAAAAACACUACGAUUUCUUAUUUUUCCGUUAUCUCCACCGUCGAUUUUUAAGUCGUGCACGGAGUCGUAAUUAGCUGGCAAAAUUGAUCUGGAUUUUAUCCUUAAAAGCACGUGAUUGUAUUGUUCUGAACGUGUCCUCUAACACGAAUUGACUCGAUUACUUUGAACUUCUUGUUAAAAAUCGCAUACUUUGGGCUCAAUGGUUGAAUGAGCGUUUACAAACGUAUCAAGAUUCUUGCACGUGAUUUGCACUUUUAACGCGAUAAGAGUCAUCUUUUUGCUAGAUCAUUUUUGUCCACGUGUACGUGCGCUGGAGGAAGAGAUAAACGGAUAAAUGCAAGUCGGAGGUUCUUUCUUGCACUGUUAGUUGAUAAAUCCGCUGCUUGAAGCAAACGACACUGCUGUGAUAGUGAACACAGGACCUAAUGUCCAAAUAUGCGCAAAACUUAAAUAUAUAGGAAUAUAUAUUGAAGAAAAAACGAUGAGGGCGAGCGACUAGUCGAAUGCUUUAAAGGUUGCCAGAUUGUUUAGAUACAUUUUUUCUCUUUCUUUAUUUAAAGAAAGAAUUUUAUUGUUCAGUACGGCAUUUUGAAGACACGUUCAACGCGUCGGGCAUAACUUGACGGUUAUCGCGUGUGCUUAUUUAUUAAUAAUGUACAUAGAUUUUUAUAAUUCCACGGGAUGAUCAAUCAAAAUAAGAUAAUAAAUAUUUUGUAUAUACAUCACUUUAAACAAGAAUCUAUCUGGCGUUCUCAUUCCAAGCGACUUGAUACCCAGCAUUAGAUAUGUAUUAUUCAAAAGAUUGUUUUUUCUAAAUUGAUCGAGUUGUUUUGAGCGAAACAUUAAUUCUCUUAAUUUCAAUUGAACAGAGCAAUAGGUUGUUGUUGUAUUUUAUUUUUCAUUUUAAGAUUUGCAAUUUUAGUUUCUAUUUGAAGAUUUCAUUUGAUUCUUGGUAAGCUGAAAAAACGCUUUACGUUAAAUGAGAUAUUUAUUUCAAUAAUUAUUUAAUAGGUUCCGUAGUAAUGAAAUAAAUAUUUAUCUGGAUUAGUUAACGUUUAUCCAGUUUACAUGUUUGUCACAAUCAUUUCUGUAUACAUUAGGUAAAAAUUUGUAAAAGAAACUCGUCUCUCGAGUUAAAAAAAAGAGGCGAAAGGCGAGAAAAUACGAUAAGCAUCGUACGCAUCCUGUGUUCACGCACUGCAACGUCCUUAUUAUCUCACGGCGCAGCGAUGGAGAGGACUCGCGCUUGCGCUCAAACUGAGUGACAAGUGCAAGGUACUGUUUUAUACAUUCACAUUCAUAAAAUUAGUGAUGGCGUAAAAUAAAUGUUUUCAUUUAUUAAUUUUUUUGUAUGAAACAUAUAAAUAAGAGGUUGAGAGAAGGAAGACGCGAUGUCUCGCACCACUCUGACGAUUCCGCAGACUCUUGAAAAAAAGCAAACGAUACUUGGUUGAAUGAAUGAAAGAAACAAAAAGUGUAUGACAUGUAUUUCACCGCUGUUUCGAUACUUCCCUUGAAACCGACACUUAUCUCCCGAUGUACGUGUUAAUGAUAAACAAUAGAUUUGCGAUAGAUUUGCGAAAAGUGUAUGUCGCAAUCGGCUUCAGCUUAUUUUGGAGUUUUUAUUUGAAUGAUGUAUUGUAAAACAAUUUUUUUGCAUAUUGUGUUUGUGCAUUGGAAAUAAGUUUUCAAGGAGUAUCGCAUCUCUAUCGUAAUAAUCAUCUAGAAAAUAAAUUUUUCAAAUGUAGACUUCUUCGUGAAAAAUUUUAUUUUUAAAUAUGAAACUUAUGCAUUCAAACAAAUUUUAUACGCGUUAUAUAGACAAAAUAUUAUCGCGUAGGAUUCAAGUUUUUUUCAACGUAAUUUUAUACAUAUUGCUAUCUAAAAUAUAAUAGACUGAAUUGGUUUGAAAAUAUUUUUUUAGAAAAUUGCAAAGUUAUGUGAAGAAUGGAAGCAUUUAAAUGUAUGUGCCAUUUGGUUGUAAACUUAUUUGUUUUUAAAUCAUCUAAAUUAAUUUUGUAAAUAUUAAUACAUUCAUAAUAUUUGUAAAACGAUUCAGUCUUUAAUACACUUAAACAUAUUACUUUGUUGGAAUGUAAAAAAAAAUAAUUAAAAUUAGGACUUAGAAUUAUGUUUACUGUAUUUACUUAAGGAUUUAAGUAUAAUAACUAUAGAUUUAGCUUCUAACAAUUUUCACGUGUAAAAUAAUGUUGCUUUGAAAAAUUUGAUUUUUUGAUGAUGUUUAUCUUAUAUACUUUUCAUUAAUCUAGUAUUUAUGACAUUUCAAAGUUUUUAAGUAUAUGUACGCAUAUGGCUUUACUGUUUGCAGGAUCUUAACAGAUUUGUACUUUCGCGUGACGUUGACCCUGCCGUAGUCAUGUUUGAAUUUGAAACUUCAAAGUCGUUUGUUGUGAGGGAUAAACCUUUUGUUAAAUCACGAAUAGACAUUCGUAAUUGCACGGAUAGAAUAGGUUUUUCUUUUAAUUUUGAUAAGAUUAUUUUGCAGUAGUUGCUCAAGGUUAUUUUAUAUUCAUAAUAAAUUCAUGAAAUUUUAUUAAUUGUAGAUAAAUCUUGCAAUCGCUUAAUUUUUCAGCAACUUUUGUAAAAUAAUUAGAAUUGACUCCAAAACAAGUGUCUAUUUACGAACAUAACAAAGGGUGCUGGUCUCUGUGUUAAAUAUAAUAGUAGUAGUAGUAAUCAUAAUUAUAAUUUUUUUCUGUAAUCGUAGUUUGUUGUCUGCAAUCGCUUUUAUGUGAGAAAAAUGAUACAGAAACAUGACAGAGUGUUGCGUGGCAUCGUGCUUUCAAAUUUUUUCCCAUAAGGAUUGCACGAAGUUCAAUAAUGGCAAACGCUAUGAAUGCGAAAAAAUAACUGUACAGCCGACAGCAGGAGACAUUCGGUGUAAUUUAGAUUUAUUUCAAUGCAAUAGCUUGAUUUUUUAGUUGAAAAAAUUUAACGAACUUUCUAGUUUACUGCAUUUCUGGGCGUUAAAAGAUGUAGGCCAAUCUUCCUUAAAAAAAAAAAGCAGGACUACUCUUCUCGUAAAUGAAAUUUUCUUUUCCUCCGUAACAGAAAUCGAGCAGUUUAAGAGAGUGAAAGAGCUCAACGUUUUCUACCCUAAAAGAAAUAUUGAUUUAAUGAAGUUCUUUUUAUGAAUGAUACAUUUUUGAUGAAAAGUACAGAAGUUUACUGAGAGAAAAAUUGUUGUUAGAAUAUUCGUCAGGUUGAGUCCGAAUACGAGAUUCGAUUCUAUUCGAUUUAAAGAAAAAAAUUGUAUAAUGUUGUGAAAUGUCAAUGACUCUACGAUCGACGUAUGAAAAGAAAAUUCGUUAUGAAUUCUAGAAAUGCUUAAAAAAAUGGUGUAGAGACUAUUUGCUACGUUAUUACGGAACUUUUAUAGUUUUUCUCUUUCCUCUCACGUUCUGCAAUCGUCGCCUCAAUGGUUUCCUCCGAGAGAUUAAAAAAAAAGAAUCAUUUCCGAGGUCUGCGAUAAACCGGGAGAAGGACGUAAAGGUUUUGAAAAAAGUCAGAGAAAUCGACCACGAGUUUUCUCUUUUUUUUUCUGUUGGAGAAACGACUCUGCGCUAUCUUAUUACCAUAACUUAGGUAUAAAUGAUAUAUGAUAUGUAAUCACUGCAGUUAAAAAAAAUAAAAGGAUAUAAAAUCAAA